AGCUAUUGUUCUUAUUGUUCAAUGAGGUAUUUCUGUGCUCUGCUCCUGAUAAGAUUUUCCUCUCGUUUCUCUGGCAGGUAACCUCUGAAGGAACCUUGAGAAGAACACUUCCCUUAAUUUUAGUUCAGGAAUGAAAUUACACAGCACUCACAAGAACAAGAAAUAAGUUGGAGAAAUUAUAUUUCAAGCUCCAUAGCUGUGUAUUCAAGGAGGAAAGGGAGGAUUGUGCUGUAAACAGUGGGGCUUGGUAAUUUAUUUAUUCAAACGGACUAGAGCAAUACAAAGACUGAGAAGAGAAAAUCAGGAGAACAUAUCUGUGACAUUCUGGCAUAAUAUUUGAAUCAUAAAUGUAAAAGAAUGGAAAAUCUCCAUUCCUUGUCAAAGGCACACACAGGGGAGAAGCGACAUAAUUGUGUGGACUGUGGGAAAUGUUUCACUGCAAGAAGUUCUCUUACUAAACAUCAACGAACUCACACAGGAGAGAGGCCAUAUACAUGCAUGUUAUGUGGAAAGAGCUUCAGUGAGAGUGGGACUCUACGUAUCCAUCAAAGAACCCACACAGGGGAGAAGCCACAUAAAUGCAUUGAAUGUGGAAAAAGCUUCAGUCACAGUGUGAGUCUGUGUAUUCAUCAAAGGGUCCACACAGGAGAGAAGCCACAUAAAUGCAUGGAAUGUGGAAAGUGCUUCAGUGACAGUGCGAAUCUGCGUACCCAUCAAAGGACCCACACAGGGGAGAAGCCACAUAAAUGCAUGGAAUGUGGAAAGAGCUUCAGUCAGAGUGGGAAUCUGCGUAUCCAUCAAAGAAUCCACACAGGGGAGAAGCCACAUACAUGCAUGGAAUGUGGAAAGAGCUUCAGUGAAAGUGGGAAUCUGCGUAUCCAUCAAAGAACCCACAUAGGGGAGAAGCCACAUAAAUGCAUGGAAUGUGGAAAGAGCUUCAGUUGGAAUGGGAAUCUGUGUACCCAUCAAAAGACCCACACAGGGGAGAAGCCACAUAAAUGCAUGGAAUGUGGAAAGAGCUUCAGUCAGAGUGGGAAUCUGCGUAUCCAUCAAAGAAUCCACACAGGGGAGAAGCCACAUACAUGCAUGGAAUGUGGAAAGAGCUUCAGUUGGCGUGGGAAUCUGUGUACCCAUCAAAAGACCCACACAGGGGAGAAGCCACAUAAAUGCAUGGAAUGUGGAAAGAGCUUCAGUCGGAGUGGGAAUCUGCGUACCCAUCAAAGGACCCACACAGGGGAGAAGCCACAUAAAUGCAUGGAAUGUGGAAAGAGCUUCAGUCGGAGUGGGCAUCUGCGUACUCAUCAAAGGACGCACACAGGGGAGAAGCCACAUAAAUGCAUGGAAUGUGGAAAGAGCUUCAGUGAAAGUGGGACUCUGCGUAUCCAUCAAAGAACCCACACAAGGAAGAAACCACAUCAAUGCAUGGAAUGUGGAAAGAGCUUCAGUCGGUGUGAAAAUCUGCGUACCCAUCAAAGGACCCACACAGGGGAGAAGCCACAUAAAUGCAUGGAAUGUGGAAAGAGCUUCAGUGAAAGUGGGACUCUGCGUAUCCAUCAAAGAACCCACACAGGGGAAAAGCCAUAUAAAUGCAUGAAAUGUGGAAAGAGCUUCAAUCAGAGUGCAAGUCUGCGUACCCAUCAAAGGACCCAUACAGGGGAGAAACCACAUACAUGCAUGGAAUGUGGAAAGAGCUUCAGCCGCAGUGGACAUCUCCAUUCCCAUCAAAGGACCCAUACAGGGGAGAAGCCACAUCAAUGCAUGGAAUGUGGAAAGAGCUUCAGUCAUAGUGGACAUCUGCGUAUCCAUCAAAGAACCCACACAGGGGAGUAGCUACAUGUCGUAUAUACUUGAGUAUAAGCCGACUGAAUUUAAGACGAGGCACGUAAUUUAGCACAAAAGCUGAGAAAACUUAUUGACUUGAGUAUAGGCUGAGGGUGGGAAAUGCAGCAGCUAUUGGUAAAUUUCAAGAAUAAAAAUAGAUAGCAAUAAAAUUACGUUAAUUGAGGCAUCAGUAGGUUAAAUGUUUCUGAAUAAUUGCAUAAAACUGUAAGAUAAGACUGUCCAACUGUGAUUAAAUCAUUACUCUAACCUCCUUUAGUGUAAAUGUGCUUAUGUAUCCUUCCAAUAAUAAUAAAUAAGGUAAAAUAUUAAAUGUAUUAAUAAUAAUAAAUAGGGUAAAAUAAUAAAUGUAAUGAUAGCAUAAAAUAAUAAGUGUAAUAAUAACUAUGAUAGCAUAAAAUAAUAAAUGUAAUAAUAAUAAAUAGAGAAAAACAAUAAUUUUAACAGACCAAAAUAAAUAGUAAUAGCGAUAGAGUAAAAUAAGAAAUGUAAUAAUAAUAACAGAGUAAAAGAAAUGUAAUGAUAAUAGAGUACAAUAAGAAAUGUAAUAAUAAUGGAAUAAAAUUAUAAACAAUAACAAAUACAACAAUGAUAAAGUAUCGCCGUAGUUUAUUUUAACUACAGUAUACAUUUUGGGGGAAAUGCUAUGUGUAUACGAAUAAUAAAAAGUGGGAAAGACUGAUUUGGGAAGGGGUGAGAAAGAAGGACUGGAAUCGGGAAAAAGUUGGAAUGGUUGGAGUGUUUGAAAAAGUGGGAAAGUGAGGUGGAAAGGGGGUAGCUGGAAAAAAGUAAGACUGAAUGGGAUAGGAAGGGGGCAACUAGAAAAGGGGAAGACUGGGGUGGGAAAAGUGGGGGGAAGACUGAGGCAGGAAGGGAGGAAGGCGUUGUCUGUCUCAUCCAAAGAGGAACCAAGCCCUGGGUCGCCUCCUCCUCCUCCACCUGAUCACUGGAGUCCUGGCCAUGGAUAUACAAAUAAGACAUCCCCUGAAAAUAAGCCAUAGCGUGUCUUCUUGGAAAAGAAAUAUAAGACAGUGUCUUAUUUUUGGGAAAUCACGGAGGGAGCAACUUUGUCUACUAGGACACAAUGGAGCCAUGGCUUCAAACCACAAGACAGGAGAUUCCACCUGAACAUGAGGAAGAACUUCCUGACUGUGAGAGCUGUUCAGCAGUGGAACUCUCUGCCCCGGAGGGAGUGUGGUGGAGACUCCUUUUUUGGAAGCUUUCAAACAGGCUGGAUGGCCAUCUGUUGGGGGUGCUUUGAAUUCGAUUUUCCUGUUUCUUGGCAGAAUGGGGUUGGACUGGAUGAUGGCCCAGGAGGUCUCUCCCAACCCUAGGAUUCUAUGAAACGAGAUUCUGACCGACUAAUAAUUCACGAGUUAUAACAAUGAGGGGACAUUUGUUUAUUGUGGGUUUUAGGAAUGGGUUUACUAUAUUUAGAAACGGAAGAGUGAAUAUAGAACAACAUUUAAAAUGAGUAAAUACAGAUAAAAAUCAGUGUCCGGCAAGAGUUGUGUUGAUCCGUUGUUCUC